UUGUCAAUUUUUUCCAUGUUGCACCUUUCUUCUUGCCCUUCUACACAAGGUGCCUCGUGGAAACAUCGACUCAUUGUCAUUUAAAAUUUUACAAUCUUUGCUCUGCUCAAUCUUCCACCUAAUAUAUAAACCUUCUCUCAAAUUUCCAUAAACACCUUGCUCUCAAAAUUUUGGCGCUACCUCAUAUAAUAAACUGUAUAACUUAUAUACACUGACAGCAUAAAUAUGGCGGACGAGGAAGAGCCUUUCGUAAAUAAAAAAGUAUUAGUCCGAAGCGCUUCACACAUGUACGAUGAAUUGAGGAGUUUCAGGACGUGGUUCAAGUGGAUGUGUGUGGAUCAAUCGGACCGUUGGUCUGCUUGUUUGUCUUGGUUUGUGUUCAGUUUGUUAGCAGUUGUUGUGCCAUGGCUCUCUCAUUACCUUUUGGCUUGUGGAAAUUGUGAUGGUAAACAUAGUAGGGCUUACGACAGAGUUGUUCAGUUGUCGCUAAGCAGUGUUGCUGCUUUGUCGUUUAUUUGUCUUUCGAGAUUUAAUAAGAAAUACGGGCUUCGGAGGUUCCUGUUUCUUGACAAGCUUUGUGAUGAGAGCGAGACUGUCAGAACAUGCUACACGGAACAGCUCAAUAGAUCAAUGAAGAUACUGUUCAUUUUUGUGAUGCCAUGUUUUCUCGCUGAAAGCACAUACAAGAUUUGGUGGUACACCUCAGGUGGAACCCAAAUCCCCUUCUUGGGCAACGUCGUUGUCAGCAAUACUGUAGCCUGCAUUCUGGAGCUAACCUCCUGGCUCUACAGGACGGUCGUGUUCUUCUUAGUUUGUGUCCUUUUCCGCUUGAUCUGUUACCUUCAGAUUCUCCGACUACAAGAUUUCGCUCAGGUACUCUUCCAUGUAGAUUCUGAUGUCGAAUCCGUGUUGAGAGAGCACCUCAGGAUUAGGAGGCACUUGCGAAUUAUUAGCCAUAGGUACCGUGUGUUCAUCUUGUGGGCAUUGAUAUUUAUCACGGCGAGUCUAUUUGCUUCGCUUCUCAUGACUACGCGCCCAAAUGCAGAUCUUCAUAUCUAUAAGAGUGGUGAACUUGCGCUAUGCUCCGUCAGCCUUCUUGCUGGGCUGAUGAUACUGUUGCGAAGUGCAACCAGAAUUACUCACAAGGCACAAGCCAUAACGUGCCUCGCUGCAAAAUGGCAUGCGUGCGCGACAAUAGACUCUUAUCAUUGGGCUGAAAGUAUUCCUCCAGCAGCUCAUCAUGAAGUAGAUUGCAGCAAUGAUUGUCCUCCGAGUUCUAACGGAUCAUCUGAUGCAGAGGAUGUUGGAGAUGAAGAGGAUGAAUUGGAUAAUACAAAAUUUGUCCCCUCCUAUGCCUAUAGUACAAUUUCCUUCCAAAAAAGACAGGCUCUAGUGACAUAUUUUGAGAACAAUAGAGCUGGAGUUACAAUAUUUGGGUUCAUGCUAGACAGAACUUCUCUUCACACCAUUUUUGGGAUAGAGCUCACACUCAUGCUCUGGUUGCUUGGAAAAACCGUUGGCGUUUCUUGAAUUAUUAUUUGCUGCAUAAUUGAAAGUUAUGGAGUAUUUAUGUCGUUGCCAUUUGCAAUUGUAUAGUAUAAGAUCCUCUAAAUGUGGAUCCACGAGCUAGUUGUACUUGUAAGGUUCCUUGGACACUGUAACACAGAUGAAAAUUUUCUUUUUGCGUAUGAUUAAUUAAUUUCCAUGUUUCAAGGAAA